GGCUGCUUUAUGGAGAGACAAAACCAGACAUUAGUUACUGAAUUUCUUUUGUCAGGGUUAAUUGAUAAUCCCAAGUGGAAUAUUCAUUUUUUCAUUUUCUUUUUAUUCAUAUAUUUAGUAACACUAAUUGGGAAUAUUUGUAUGAUUAGUUUAAUUUGUUAUUCCACCACACUUCAUAAUCCCAUGUACUUUUUUCUUGGUCAUUUAUCCUUUUCGGACUUGUGUUAUUCUUCAGUAAUCACACCAAAAAUUUUGAACAAUAUGCUUACAAGCAGAAUGGUUAUAUCGUUUAAAGGAUGUGCAACUCAGCUUUUUUUCUUUGGACUUUUUGUGGGCACGGAGUGUUUCCUUGUUACAGUUAUGGCAUAUGAUCGUUAUUUGGCUAUUUGUAAUCCUUUAAUUUACAUUAUUAUUAUGAGUAAAAAGCUUCAAAUGGAAUUGGUUGGUGCUGCUUAUGCUGGUGGCUUUUUAACAACAAUGAUACAUACAAGUUGCACUUUUCGAUUAUCCUAUUGUGGGUCAAAUAAUAUUAACCAUUUCUUCUGUGAUAUCCCUCCACUGCUGAAACUUUCCUGUUCUGAUACAUUCAUGAGUGAAUUGUUUAUGUUUCUUUUAUCAAGCUUUCUUGGAACCCUUUCUGUUGUAAUUAUUAUUUUUUCAUAUGUUAACAUUAUUUAUGCCAUUCUAAAAAUGAAAUCAUCUGCGGGACGUCAAAAAGCCUUUUCAACAUGCUCUUCACAUCUCAUGGUCGUUUCUCUAUUUUUUGGUACUGCUAUAUUUGUGUAUGCAAGACCGCUUUCCAGCUACUCUAUUGAGAAGGAUAAAUUGAUUUCAUUUUUUUACACAGUAGUAAUUCCAAUGUUGAACCCAAUCAUUUACAGUCUUAGGAACACACAAGUAAGAAUGGCUUUAUUUAAAGUCUUAUAUAAGGCAUAA